AUGUCCUACUACAACGACGCGUCGUGGAACACGCCUGCUCCCGGCCGGCAGUCAUCGUGGGAGCAACCCCAACCACCCUCGCGAUCAGGUACCGGCCAAAUGGGAUUCAACGGUGCAGGUGCAGCGAUUCACAUGGAUAUAGGCACAAGCUCCACGGUCAACAGCGAGGUCGCCAAUGCCUUUGCCUCGCAGUUUGAGGAGGUCGACCGCGCCAUCGAGAACCUUGCCAAGAGCGGCAAGCCCUUCGGUCCCGGCUUCCCUCCUACGCCCAUGGGUGCCAACCGCCGCGAGUCCAUGCCCAUGAUGGGAGGUGGCCCCCGCCCAUACCCCGACUUCGAGCAACAGCGCAUGAGCGGCGCCCAGCGCCACCACUCGGUCAGCGAGUACGACGGCUCCCGCUCCCACUCGGCGUCCAACGUCCAGGGCUUCUACCAGAACCAGCGCUAUGCGCCGCGACCCAACGACGCAGACCAGAUGGCACAGGCGAAGCGACGGAUGGCGGCUCAGCGUGAGCGUGAGCUGCGCAACUAUCACCAGGAGCAGCAAUACCACAGAAAAGUUUCAGGCUCAGCCUCCAAGUCCGACCGCUCCAUGAGCCCCAAUGCCAUGAAUGAAGAGGAGCGCCGCGAACUCAUCGCCCGCCAGCACCGUGCUUUGUAUGGCGAGACCUCCACCCUGUACAACAGCAACCCGACCUCGAGCCAGGAUGUUCGUGUUCAGACCUCGCAAGCUGGUCGGGGUCCGUCUCCCCUCGCCUUUGAUCCCUUCGGCAUGCAGGCCCAGAACGUUUCCGGUGAGGGUUCCGUCCAGAUGCCUCCCCGCGACAAGGACGUUGCUGGUAAUGCUCAAGAUGCGCGUGCCAACAGCACCUCGUCACCUUCUGGUAGCCAGAACCCAGCAUUCAACCUCUUCGAUGCUCAGCAGGCGAACCGUACCUCCAACUCGUCGCCCGGAGGCUCUCCUCCUGUGCCUGGUCAGAAGUCCAACGGCUCUGGCGUUGCCCCCAUUGGCACUCGUCCUCAGAACCAGAACCUGCAGCAACCAGGUGGCGCUAUGGGCAAGCGCGCGAACUCACCUCUGCCGUCGCCUCUCGGCUACAACUCGUACAACGCGAGCGAGCAGAACAACAUGUCUACGACAUCUGCGUCUAUGAACCCUUCGUCUACUGUCACUGACAAGGGCGUUGGUAUUUGGAACAACGGACCCUGGAGCAACACGCCCACACAGGGAGUGCAGGCGUCUUCUGCCCCACGCGCUACCUCUCCCUCCAACACGGCCUCUUCAGGCUCGACAACCGCGCGUCCUGCGUCGCCAAAGCCCCCGGGUGGCCCUGCGACUGUUAUGCGAAGGAAGGCUGCCGCUGACCGCGCCGAGAAGACCGCAAACCUGCGUCCAAGCAGCACAAGGGCGGCCGGUGCCGGUGGUAGCUCAAGCACUAUGCUGAGGCUAUACACUGAUGAGUCUCCCGGUCUGAAGGUCGACCCUGUUGUGGUCAUGACCCUGUCCGUUGUCUUCAUCUUCAGUGUCGUCGCUCUGCACGUCAUCGCCAAGGUCAUGCGCCGAUUCUCCGCAUAG